AUGACUCCUCCUGGAUUUGAGUCCAUCUAUGCAGCUUGUCGAAGGACUUACCCAGACCAACCAAACCCUUUACAAGUGACGGCACUCACCAAAUAUUGGCUUGGUGGUCCAGAUCCUCUUGAUUAUAUUAGUAUGUAUGCUAACCCAGGAGAUCCAAAUCGAAAUAUACCUCCCCACUGGCAUUAUAUUAGCUUUGGGCUAUCUGAUCUACAUGGUGAUGGACGAGUACAUGAGAGAAGUAAUAGUAAUGAUGGUCCAAGUGGUUUUGGUUUUGAGUUGACCUUCAGAUUACGUAGAGAGCCAGGUGAAACUAACCCCCCCACCUGGCCUGCUGCUCUGAUGCAAUCCUUGGCUCGUUAUGUUUUUCAGUCAGAAAACAUUUUAUGCAGUGGAGAUCAUGUUUCUUGGCAUGCCCCUCUUGAUGGCAGUGAAUCUCGAAUCCAGCAUAUGCUCAUGACAGAAGAUGCACAACUUCAACCAAUUAUAACACCAUUUGGUGUUGUUAGUUUCAUACAAAUUGUAGGAGUCUGCAGUGAAGAAUUAAAGGCUGCACAACACUGGAAUGGCCCUGGAGUUAUUGAAUUGUUGCGUUCUGUGUCUGUAGCUGGAGGUGCAUGGUUGAAUACAGACAUGAGGAGAGGGGAAAGCAUAUUUGAAUUGGAUCCAACAUUACAAGAACGAGUAGACAGUGGGAUUGAACAAGAAGGUUCUAAUUUGAGUGGGGUAAGUGGAAGGUGCUGUUGGGAUGAACUGCCUCAGAAUGGCUGCAAUUUGAAUGAAGAAAAUAAAGAAAAUCAAUUGAGAGUUGAAGAACGACGUUGUAGCCUUGAAAGACCACAUAUAUCAGACCUGGAAUCUGAACAAAUUAAAGCAACACUAAAAAAAGGUCUUAAUAAUACAAAACUCCUAAAUUCAACAUUGCUCUCUGAACAGAAUGAAAACCUUGAUGUUCUACACCACCAAAGUGAAUUAUUCCGAACCCAAUCACUUGAUAAUGUCCAUUUGAAAUUGAGCCUUGAGGCUGGUUCGCUACUGCCACUUGCCUUGAAAGGCAGAUUAAAACAUGGCAGACAUUUUACCUUUAAAAGUGUUUUAAAUGAUGUUGCCAUAACCUUAGUUUCAAGCAGUGUUACUGGUUCCAUAGCUGAUGAACAACAUCCAUAUGCUGCCCAUGGACCUUGGCUCCAGGUUUUAUUGACCAAUGACUUUAUAGAAGAAAUGUUGGAAUCUGUUGAUGAAUUGUCUGAUCCUGAUGCUGUUGAAUGUCCCAAAACCUACGAGUGGCUACACAGGAAACUGACCAUUACAGUUUUUCCAGAUGAGAUAUAA